CUCUGCCGCGGGGCUCCCUGGGAGCUGUAGUUCGCGCGCCUUGCAAAGAGUGAUGCGCCGCUAAGUUUGCAGGGAGCGAAGGGCAGGAGCCGCCCGCAGCAGCUGUUGGGCAGGCAGCGCCGCUGGGGAGCCGCCCGCCGCCUUUUCCUCCUUCCAGCGCCCGCCCGGAGAGAGCCGUGCAGCAGCAGCUUGCACUGGAUCCUCUUCCCCGCAGCCUGCAAGGCUGAGAUCCGUGCCUAGGGCUGCUGCCGCCAGGUCUGAGCGGAAGUUUCGAGGCUUCUCUUCACACCCAGGCGCCUUUCCAGCCUUCCCUGCCUCUCAGCUGGACGUGUGAACUGCCACUGUUGAAAAGGAUUUGUAUCCAAGGCUUGGAUGCUGCCCCUCCUGCGAGGAGCCUUCCUGGUGGGUCUCAGGCUGAGCCAGGUGCAGCUGGGGAGCCACAGCUGGAGAAAACUAGAAUCCAGGGGGGCUUCCCACCUGAGUGGGGCCAUGAGGCUGGUCCAGUUCCACCCCAAGGAGUUGGUGGCGGAGCCCCGGAUUGGGCUGGAGAAGGAAGAUGGAGGCGACGUGAUAGACCUGAACACUUUCGAUCCCUCUCUGCCCACGACCAUGCGGGCCUUCCUUGAGGGAGGCGAUGCGGCCUUAGCAGUCGCUAAAAGAGCACAGGAGUCUGGCCAACAUGUCCUGCCCCGAUCCAAAGUGACCCUGUUGGCUCCCAUCACAAACCCAGAUAAGGUGAUCUGCGUUGGGAUGAACUAUGUGGAUCAUUGCCUGGAGCAGAAUGUGAAGAUCCCCACAGAGCCGAUCAUCUUCAGCAAGUUCUCCAGCUCCAUCGUGGGCCCCUACGAUGACAUCGUCCACCCAGCAGAGAGCAAUGAAGUGGACUGGGAAGUGGAGUUGGCCUUCAUCAUUGGAAAGAAAGGAAAACGCAUCCAGGAGUCGGAUGCCAUGGACCAUGUUGCCGGGUUUACCGUUGCUCACGAUGUGAGUGCCAGAGACUGGCAGAUGAAGAGGAAUGGGAAGCAAUGGCUUCUGGGGAAAACCUUUGACACCUUCUGCCCACUGGGACCAGCCCUCAUCACCAAGGAUUCUGUAUCAGACCCUCACAAUCUGGGGAUCCGCUGCCGAGUGAAUGGGGAGCUUGUCCAGAAUGGCAGCACCAACCAGAUGAUCUUCAAAACGGAGGCGCUUGUCGCGUGGGUCUCCCAAUUUGUCACCCUGUACCCAGGAGACGUCUUCCUCACGGGGACUCCACCGGGUGUCGGAGUUUUCCGGAAGCCCCCCAUCUUUCUCAAGCGGGGAGAUGAAGUGCAGUGUGAGAUCGAUGAGUUGGGAACCAUCCGAAACAAGGUGGCCUGACGAUGUCCCGCUGCAUCCCUUCAGCAGGUAGUCAGCUCAUCUGGCCCUGCACAGCUGAAGUUGCACUGCUUGAGAACUGAUUCCAAUCACAAGCACAGAUUAAGGAAAUUCUGGAAUGAAGCGCUUUGGGAUUACUCUUCUCAGGAGUCAAAAGAACAGAGAGCCCGAGAAACCUUGCUUCAGUAGCUAGCUCCAGUUCCCAACAGUAUCUCAAUGAAGAGGAGUGAAGAAAGAGGGCUUGAGUGAAUUUUACGGGUGUGCAUUAAGACUUGCCCUUUCCUCUGCCAAAGGAAGAUCAUCUAUCAUCUCUGGUUAUACACAUGCUACAAAGGGUGAGUGUGUGUUUUCCCCCUUAGUCCUACUCCACUCUCCAGAUUGUUGUCAGAAUAAAGCAGCUAUUAUUGAA